AACCUUACAACCCAAGGCAAACAGGCCAGCAACAUGAUGGGUCCAAAUUCCGUCCGCCGCAACCUCUUCCACGGGAACCUCAGCCGCCGACCAGCUUCCGCAGGACCUCCCAAUGGCGCCGUGCCUCCAAACCCAAGCAACCUAGCGAACCGCCCCUCGCACCGGCUAAAGCCUACAUCCUCUGACACCGGCCCCUCUUCACGACCUUUGAAGACUGUGGAGAAUAAAGAGAUUGUAGUUAGGGAUAAGAGUGGUAGCUACAAGCUUGAGGUUCCGACGUUGCCGCCGCCGAUGAUUGGGGAGGAUGGGGAGGAGUUGGGCGAACUUGAGGGUAAUCCUUUUGAUGCGGAGCUUAGUGGACGGGAGAAAGAGAAGUAUGAGGCUGCAUUGGUGGAAAUGGUCGUUCGGCAUCGCGCUGGAGUGCCGGGUGAUGAGCCCGAUGAGCUACUAAACAUUCUCAAUGACAGCCUACGCAAAAAGGCUGUUUCAUUGGAUGACGAUCAUUGGAUGUUCGAGCCUGAGAAGGACUCGUUUUUGAACUAA